UUUCGUUACAGUAGGAUAUAUAUUAUAAUAAUAAUAAUAUUUUGGAUAAAAAAUUGAGAUGUCUUUGCUUGAGCUUACUCAUUGUAUACGACUGCUGGAUUCUGAUAAAGCCACAGAGAGAAAGAAACAAAUUGAUGUGCUUCAAUGUCAGCUUGUUAAACCAGUUGUAAUACAGACUCUUGACAAAAACACAGACUUGAAACAAGGUAGUGAAAGGCAUCAACGGAGUAAUUUAGUGACAUGGGACACAGUAUUUAAAGGAGUGAAGAAUUUCAUCUUGACAGAAGCAGGUAGGCUUCGAAGUAAAGAUUCGGGAACUGGUAAACAAUCUUCAACAGUACUUGCUAACCGAAAGAAAGAAAAACAGAUGUAUUCGCAACUUUUUAAGUUUGUUGUUAGACAAGCAAAUCAAAGAGGCCCAAGACUACGAGCAUCUGAGUUAUUGAAUCACAUCUCAGUGGUAUUGAAUGAUUCCUUCACCUUAUCAGCAUUUGGCUUUGAUUACACUACAGUUCUUCUAAGAGAAGUACUAUCCAUUCAUCAAUAUCUUAAUGAUGUCAGCUCUGUGGUGAUUUUAGAUUUCAUUAAAUUAUAUUGCCGCUUAACUCUGAAUCCUCCUAACGGUUGGGAUAGAAGUCUACUAACUCAAGUAUUGCAUCGCCUCAUCAUUGUGGCAACAACAAAAUCCAACCUUAAAUCCAGAACUCUGUUAACAUUUUUCAGUGAGGCUUUCAAGAACAUAAGAAAUGAAAAAUCUAGUGGACACCAUGAGGGGCUUCUAGAAGCCUUGAUUGCCUUUUGCAAACACAUAGCUCUGGAUUGCCGUACCCAACUAUGUAAACUAGGAGAGCUAAUAUUCAUGCCAUUUCUAUAUCUUUGGAGUGCCAAGCCAUCAGUCAAAACAAAAGAAAAGUUAUUAGAGUUUUGGAAACUACAGUUGGGGCUCCAUCAUCCUCAAGGGGUCAGUGAUGAGGGAAAUGGUGCAUUUGCUUGUAACUGGGAGGUUUGGAAAAGUAAUCUGAAAAAACUAUAUAAUGUUCUGAUUGGUGAACUUCAACAAGCAUGUGGAAGAAAUAAAUACUCUUCCAGCAAAGAACUAUUUUUGAAACCAUCACUUAUUGAGGUUUUAGUAGAAGUCUGCCAUCAUGUAUUUAAGGAAGAUGACUGUAUUGAAGUAACACAGCUGUCCAUCAUGGAUCCCAACCAAGUAACAGCCACUGCAACCAAGAAACGCAGACUUGAGGUUGGAAUGCAAAUUUUUAAUGAUUCUUUGCAUGCUUUGUCAUCAUCAGUGGAAGCAAUUCCUUGGCUACAGUUGUUAGCAGCAUUAUUGUCAAAGUAUCCUGAAAUUGUUCAGCCUGACGACUUAUUUUCCCUUCUUGAUCUCCUGCUACAGAUUUAUCACUCCUGUAAACACAAUGAGAUAAAGCCAUGGGUACUGUGUUGUCUUCAGUCUUUUGUGAUUGUUCAGUCUUAUUGGAAGAACAGUAGUACACAGUCAAAUUUUUACUGGGAUCAGCUUCAGUCAUCAUGGGCUAAAACUUGGGAAUUGACAGUAAGGACAGUUGCUUUAAACCAAUGCCACCAAGAAGGACAUAAGCUCAUGCAACUUAUGCUUGAGUCAUGUCUAGUAAAACCAGGAAGAGAUUUCUAUACCCUUUACUUACCAGGUUCAAGCAACUCUGUGUCCUCUUCUUCACUAUGUACGUUAUCAAUAUUUAUGACUAAUUAUUCUCUUCCCACUCAACUCCCUGGGCAUCUUGGAUCUUCUUUUUUUCACUGGGAACCUUCCAGUUCUUCGGGAUGUGAGAAAGAAUGGUUUAGAUAUGGUGUUGUUGAGUGGCUCUUGCCAAACAGUGAAUAUUCAGUUAGUGGUACACUAGCUGUUUCAUCAAGUACACAUGUUAUUAACACCAAGGACAAAGAUCUUCUUCCUCAGCAAGCAAAUCUGAUUGGUCAACUCUGUUUAAGAAAUGGAAGUACAAAGAUAGAUAAUCCAGGAAAUGGGAUAAACUCAGAACUUGUUGAAUGGCAGUGGAUCAGAGAUGUUGAGACAAACUUACUGAAAAGUAGUUUUGACAUUCCGCUUCAUACAACCAUUGAGCCUGGACCCAAAAGCUGGAACAUGCAACAGAAUAGAGAAGGUAGAAUGAAAGUUAAACUUGUGGAGUCAGUUUGGAAGAAGGUAGUGGAAGCCUUGAUGAGAGAUUCAAGCAGAGUAUUGGAUAUACUUAGUCAUUCUCAGUCUGUGUCCCAGUUGUCAGCAGUGAUGGAAAAUGCAAGUUUGAUUAUUCAAAUCUACUCACGCCUGUGGAAUAUGAAGGUGUUAUCAAACAGUUCACCAUGGACAUCAAACCUUGGAAAUCUAGUGAAGUCCAUGAUGAAGAAGAUAGAUGAAGUGUUUAGAAAAGCACCACCUGCUAUUGAUCAACUAGAGAAGAAGGGUACCAUUCUAUCAAAACAACAGUAUCAAAAAAGCUUGAUACCUAUUCUGGAUUUUCUUUUGGAUUCACUCAAAGGUGGUGAUGAUCUGGAAGAUGGCUUGGAGAAGGAUUUUCGAAGUUGGGCACUAAGUAUCCUUCCACAGAAUGUGUUAAAAUAUUUAGUGGAACUUGCAGUAAGAAGUCCCUCAAAAACUCAUAAAAAACAGUUAUUAACAGUAGUCCCCCCAGUGGCUGUGAAUGAACAAGGUGGUUGUGAUCUUCUUGAUGAUGAUUUUGAUCUGCAAGAACCUGAAGUUUUGACUCUUAGAGAAAGGCAGCCAUCUUCAUCAUCUACCUCUAACCACUGUGCUUUUCUCUCAACUUCAGAUAGUGGUGACUUUAGUCCCAAGGAUGAUUUAAUGGACUGUAACUCACAAGAGUCACCAAACAUUGGAGGAGAUUAUCUUAUCAGUGCUUUAAAUCAUGAAACCUUUUCAGAGGCUGAGAUUGAACAAUUUAAUGCGGUUUAUAUCAUGUUAAAAUGGUGUAAAAUUUGCAAUACUUGCACUUUAUCUUCAUUCAAAGAAGAUGCUCUGUUGCCAACUCAAGUUGUGCAGAAACUCAUGGAUAGAAUUAGCUCCAAUAACUUGGAUGUAUCUGCUGUUUAUGAUGUAAAACUGGCACUGUUGAUUUCUAAAGAACUUGGAAACCUUAAAGGAACUUUAAAAUUAAAGACACACCAACUGUCUGGUAUUCUUGAUAGUUUAAGGCAUAUACUGAGAGAACAGCACAAAGACUCUGAAGUAUGUGUAGCAUGCUUAGAUUUGCUAUCUGCCCUUUUCUCACAUCUGGUAGCAGAACCUGAUUCUGAGAUAGAAACUGAGAUGAGAACAAAUAGAGACCAUGCUCUUCAUCUUUUGAAUGCUUUCUGGAAAAUGCACAAGGAGGGAAAAUGCACGAAAAAUGUAAUGUACGGCUUAGCGAAAACAACUGUCUCAGCAGUAAAGCUGGAUCCAACAGGAAAGUGGUUUGGACAAAAACAAAAUGAUGGAUCUAUUUGUCCAGCACAAGAUUUGGCUGCCUUUCUUUGUAGUCCUCACCAUGCUGUGCGCAUGUUUGCUGCAGAAAAUAUUGGUAAUCUAUUUCAAAGUAUUUCAACUGGUGUACCUUUGUCAGCUGUGAAACAACAGGAUGCUUUUGAAAUAGUAUAUACAACAGCAGUAUCAUCUCUUCAAGUUCAAGGAAACUUGCAGCAUGAGGAACUGAGUGAUGAAGGGGCCAAUAGAACGAGCAGUUUGUUAAUGUCCAUUUCCCAGAUAACACUCACCAGUUUAUACUGUGAAAAGCAAGCAAUUUUUGCUCUUUGCCAAAUCAUUUUAGAGAAGAACAUAUCAGUUAUUUUAGUGAAAAAGGUUUUGACCCAGAUCAGCAGGCUGUUAGGAUAUCCAACUACUACAAGUCUUCUGGAAGCUCACGUUGGUUUUUUGGUACAUGAGUGGUUGCAGCAACACUACAGUUUAUCACAGUUUCCAUUCUCUUUACUUGAUUGUCAGUCUGAGAAGGAUUUUUACAAAGCUUACUAUUGGAUUUUGUUACCUUUACUGUUUAAUAACCAGGACCUCACUGCAGUACAAACCGUUGGAGAAAAAGUAAGCCAGAAUUGGACAGAGUUGCUCAAAAAAUGCUUGUCCCAGAUUUUGGCAUAUAUAUUCCCAUGGUUUGGAAUCAGUGAACGGGAUCCAACUGCAAAAGAAAAACAACAACAAGCAGUUCGGGGUCAUCGACUCCUUGAAGACACACUUACUAAAAAGGUCAUGGAGAGCAUUCUGGAGCUAGACCAAGUAAUCAUCCACCUAUUAUCCACUCUGCAAGAAGACCAGUCAGACUUUGAUGAGUAUGACAUUAUUGUUCAGUGCAUUCCUCCAGCAAACCCCCCAUGUUUCUCGGCCAAUGUUCUUCGUGAAACAUGGAAAUAUCUCAUGACAUGUUUCAGAUCAGACCAGCCGGAGAGUUUAGUGCACAUUCUUUGUCAGAAAAAGGACAGCAUACAACAGGUGUUGCUUUCUCUAAGAGUUAAGCUCUCUCAGGCACACAGGACCCAUGAAAAACAAAGGGUCAUGUUGAUGUAUUUAUUGUGUAGUGAACUACUUCUUCCAGAGCUUAAGACUGGCCUUGGAGGAUCUUGGCUGUUUGUCAUCAGGGAUUUUGUAUUCACUGCCUUACGGCAAUUAAACAUACAAGGCUUCAAAGAUGACGCUAUCCUUAUCCUCUGCAUUGAGUUACUUGCCAGAACACUUCAUACAGCUGUGGAGCCUUAUCCUCAGGAAGUUAGCAUUUUACUGCCAGAAAUUGUAAGCUGUUUAAUUCCACAUAGUUUGUCAAGUUUUAAAGUAGGGGAAAAGGUCAGAAAAGUCCUGAAUUUUCUGGUUGUUGAUUGUGCAACUGUCCUUGGUGAUGCUGUGUCCAGGUUGCCUCCUUUUCCUGAUGCUGCUGUGCUUGAAACAAUUAGGGCACAACAACAGAAUCUUAUGUACAGAAAUGGCCCAUUUGAUCUGAAAGAGGAAAUCCAACAUUUCCUCAACUCCACAAACCAUGGUCAGAGUAGUUGUGAAGCACUUAGGCAUAUACACAAAGAAAUUCGGGAGAAGAAAGAAGAACUGAAAAGACUAUUGGAAGAAUUACAAGAAAAGUGGCUGUUCUCAGAGGAUGUUCUGAAUUCUCCAGUGCACCAACUAGUCUGUCACUUGAUUCACCAGUGUAGAUCUGAAGAUAAGCAGAUACAAAAAGAAGCAAGUGCAUGUCUUGGUGAAAUUGGCCCAGUUGACCUUUCAACUAUUGUCUUGCAACCUAAAAGUCAAAUAUUUCCAGUCUUAGCUUCUGCACAGAGAAAUUUUGAUGAGGAUUGUCCAAAAGAAAAAUGUUAUUGUGCUGUUUUUCACCUUCUUAAUAACUGUAUUCAAGAUAACAGUAUUGAAGUUGUUAAAGCUGCCACUAAUGUUCUGAAAACUGUGAUGUGUACCCACUCAGGUCAGAGUUUCAUGAAAGCAUAUAUUAAGAGAAACUGUGACAAUCUCUUCACAAUUUUGAAUCCUUUUCAAAGCAAACAAAAGGCACAGAUUUUGAACCUGCUUCCACCAACUGAAGCAGAUUUUGUUGGAAAGAUAGAUGACCAAUCUCUCUGGUCACCUGAAGUUUCAAAUCAUGAAGACUGGGUGACCAGGUUGAUGUGUGCUCUGCUAGAAAGUAAAGCAACUCAAGAUGAAAUUUUGCAAAAGCUGAUUCCAGUUUGUAGGUUUAAGGCUGAUGUAUGCAAAGAACUAUUGCCUUACGUUGUACACAUAAUUUUGCUUCAGGGAAAUGAAUGCUUUCAAGAAGUACUCUCUCGACAAAUUUCUGGUUUCUUUGAGAAACAUUGUUCUAAGAGUUUGCAAGCUGGAAGUCGCUGUACCACACCAUUUGUACAAACAGGAUUUGGAACACCCACACCUAUUUAUAUGUGUAAAGCAUCUGUACAAACCAUGCUUAGUGUUAUCCAUCAUCUGAGAUUACAGAAAUGUUCUUGGAAGUUUGGAGAUUUUGGAUGGAAAAACAAUUUUUGGUUAGAUAUUGAUUACCUUUGUGUAGCACAAGCAGCCACAUUUUGUUCUGCACAUUUCACUGCUCUUCUCUACACAGAGAUAUGGUGUGACCAAGAGAAAAGAAAAAGACAACUGGAAAAUCGACAACAUCAUUCUAGUAAUUUAUCAGACAACUUUGGAUCUUGUAGUCAAGACACAUCCACCUUAGCCUCAAUAAGCUCCUGUGACCAAGAGAGGGCACCGCUAGUUCAUAAACUACUGAUGGAUGCUUACUGUAGCAUAGGUGAACCAGAUGGUGUUUAUGGGUGUGGUGAAGUAGCUAAAGAUAGCCAAGAUGUAAGGAUUCAGUGUUAUGAACAAGAGAAUCGAUGGGAUCGAGUUUUAAGCUAUUAUGACUUGGAGCUGACACAGAAUACCUCGUCACGUGUUGGGUUGUUAACUGCCCUUCAGAAGUGUGGACUUAACCAUGUACUCUAUGGCUACCUGAAGGGAGUUGGUCAACCUCUAGAUAUAAGCUCAGAACUGCUUGAAUAUCAAUGUGAAUCUGCAUGGCGAAUAAGCCAAUGGGAUGUUGACUUACCAGAGAGCAAUUCUAGAGGAACCAUAGGUUUUCAGCAAGGGAUUUACCAGUGCUUGACAUCACUAGUUUGUAAGGAGAAGGAUAGUUUUAUUCAAAAUUUGGAAAUCUGUAGGUGUUCAGCUUUGGAAGAUUUAAACCAUACAAGUUUGGAAUCUGUUCGCAGCAUCUAUCCAGCUCUUUGUAAUUUUCAGAUGUUGGGAAUCAUGUCCGAUUACUUUAAUAUGCAGUGUGGAAUCACCGAUGUUGCGGAAGUAUUAUUUAGGUGGAAUAAAAUCAGUAAUCUUCCAUCCAGUGGUUUUGAUUUUGAUGAACCAGUGUUAUGGCUAGAAUAUGUCCUGCUGAGACAGCAUAUACCAACUGCUUUUCAGCAAGGACCUGUCAUUCAAGGUAUCGUGAGAUGCUUAGAAAAUUAUGCAGAAAAAGCCCGGAAAGAAAACUGUCUUUCGGAUGCUGAUAAAGCUGUUCACACUCUUCGCAGCCUUUCUGGAAGUGCUACCCAAAGAGCUCUCUGGUGGAAACUAGAAGAAGCUAAGGUUUACUGGGAUAGAUCUGAAGUUACAGUAGCAAAAAACUUAUCAAGGUCACUUCUUAGAAACCUUGAAGGAAAGUACCACGAGAGUGAAGAGCUAUCAAUAUUGUACGCCGAAACCCUCACCUUGUAUGGAAGCUGGUUAAGUGAUUCUUGCUGUGAAAGUUCUGAAACUAUAAUGACAGAUUUCCUUGAGAAAGCUGUCCAAGUUCUCGAUCCUCUCUACCUUCUGGACAAGACAGUUCUCUGGAACGCUUACCUGGCAGUAGCUAGAUAUGCUGAUGCCCAGUACCAAAACAUUGUAAACAAUAUGCGCUCCCUUUCCUACCAAGCCAAGCAAGGUUUGAUUAGACAAUGCAGGAGAGAAGCCAAAAAGCUGGAGGAGAUGAAGAAAAUUGUUGCUUUAACUAAGGAACAAACCAAGACUCUAAAAACUCUUAUCAAACAAAGUGACCUUGAUGAGAGGGAACUGAAUUCUACAUUAGAACACAAAAACAGAUUUCUAAGAAAAGCAUUAGGAAACUAUCUGCAUUGUCUCCUUGGUACAGAUGCCCAUGACCUUCGAGUAUUUCGGCUUACCUCCUUGUGGUUCCAGAACUCUACCAAUGAAGAAAUUAACACUCUUCUCAAGAAUGGAAUAGCCAAGAUGCAAAGCUAUAAGUUCCUCCCUCUGAUUUACCAACUAGCUGCAAGAAUGGGGAAGAUAAAUCAACAAUCAGUUGCUGACUUCUGCUCUGUACUUUUUCAAUUGAUUGAAAAAAUAACCUUAGAUCACCCUUUUCAUGCUUUGCCCGUUAUCUUUGCACUGAGUAAUGCAGAGAAAGAUACCACAGAUGGACACGCUUUCAAGUUAUCUGGAUGCCAGGGCAGCCAAACAGAGAGUGAUGAAAGAGUACAGGCAGCUAAAGCACUGCUGAGUAGACUGAAGAAGAGUUCUAUUUCUGAAAUUGCCACUCAAAUGGAAGUACUUUGUGAAGCAUAUAUUAAUCUGGCUUACUUGCCUAUCCCCCAGCAAAAACUGAAACCUCGCAGCAUAAAUAAAAUUCCUACAGAUCAGCUGAUUGUGAAGAUCAGGAACCUUCAUAAGAUUCCUCCUCUAACACAAGAUAUACAGGUUGAUCGUUCUUGUAAGUAUAAUAAUCUGCCAGGAAUACGAGGGUUUGAAGGAGAAUUUCGUCUCUGUGGUGGAAUCACUGUUCCUAAAGUUAUUUUUUGUAACAGUACAGAUGGAUUUCAGCACAUCCAGCUGGUCAAGGGUGGGGAUGAUCUUCGACAAGAUGCUGUAAUGCAGCAAGUUUUUAGACUAGUCAACUGUUUACUAUGGAAAAAUUCAGAAACAAGAGGUCGAAAAUUGAGUGUUCGCACAUACAAAGUGGUUCCCCUGUCUCGUCGAAGUGGGGUAUUACAGUGGUGUGAGAGAACUCAACCAUUUGGUGAAUACCUAAUUGGAAAAGAUGGUCAAGGAGGAGCACACUUAACAUACUACCCCCAAAGCUGGACAGCAUCAAAAUGUAGAAAUGAAAUGAGUAAGGCAUCACAGAACACAGCAGAAGAGAAACUGAAAACAUACCUUAAAAUUUGUCAAAAUUUUCUGCCAGUUUUUCGUUACUUCUUUUUGGAGCAGUUUCCUGAGCCUGCAGUUUGGUUUGAACGUCGUUUGGCUUAUACUCAGAGUGUAGCUACAUGUUCAAUAGUUGGUCACAUCCUGGGUCUGGGUGACAGACAUGUUCAGAACAUACUUAUUGAUAAAAGUACAGCUGAAAUGAUUCAUAUAGAUUUAGGUGUAGCAUUUGAGCAAGGGAAACUUUUACCAACUCCAGAAACUGUUCCGUUUCGUCUAACAAGAGAUGUUAUUGAUGGAAUGGGUGUUAGUGGUGUUGAAGGUGUAUUUCGGAGAUGCUGUGAAAAGACCAUGGAAGUAAUGAGAAAGUCACAGGAAUCGUUGCUUACUAUUUUAGAAGUUCUAUUGUAUGAUCCACUCUAUGUAUGGACUCUAACUCCAACAAGAGCAAUAAAAAUUCAACAUCAUCAUGAAGGUCUAGGUCUUGAUGAAACAGAACUCAUUCCAACACCAACUGGUUGUGGGUUUGAGGAACUUGGUGAUUGUGGAAAUCAAGGUGUAGAAGUAAACAAGCUUGCUGAAAGAGUUCUACUGCGACUUCAACAAAAGUUGCAAGGUGUGGAACAAGAUGUAGCUUUAAGUGUGAAUGGACAGGCAAAUUAUUUAAUUCAACAGGCUCGAGACCCUCACAAUCUUAGUCGUCUCUUUCCUGGAUGGCAGCCCUACAUAUAAUGACAUUGAGUAUAAAUGUAACAUGUACAUACAUAGUCCUUGAAAUUUACUAAUGUGAUUAUCCUUUAUUUCCUAGGUGUAUUCAUAUGUAUAUAUAAACAUGCUCAAUGAGAACUUUUUAGAUGUAGCCAUAUAUAUAUAUAUCUAAACUUACCCAUACACAUUAAUAUUCAUAAUAUUUUUACAUAAGGGACAAUAUAUAAAGGCAUAAUCACUAAAAACUUGUGAUGUUGAACCUUGGAGUGCAAAAUAUUUUUUGUUUCAAUUAGAGAUAAACUUUUAGCUCCUUAAAAAGUGGUUUAGUUAUGAUUUUUUUCUAAAGAACCAUUUCCUAGUGUUUCAGGUCUAAAUACUUAAGUAUUGUUGUAAAUGAUUAUCAUGAUUCAGUAAAGAAUUUUGUUUGUUGUCCCUGA